GAUUUUAUUUAGUCCGUGAAGAGAGAAAGAGAGAGAGAGAGAGAGAGAGAGAGAGAGAGAGAGAGAGAGAGAGGCAAUGACAUUAGAAGCUGUGGUCUUCAAGUCAGACCCAUUCAGCUAUGGGAAUUGUCUAGGAGGAAGUAGAUCUUGGGACCAUGGCUUUGGUUUCGGAGGAGGUGAUGAUCAACAAGAAAAAGGCUACCCUCAACACGAUGUGCUCGGCAAUGGUCGUACUGUAGGGCAAGGCGUUGCGAGGUACUGUACACCAUCUCCGGAAAUACAAAACGUCAACAACGACAACUGUAAUACCGAUUCCAUGCCUAAAACCUGCACCGGCACCUUCAACUACAACAGUUCUUUCUCUAGCCCUAUGCCCACCACGAGCCGGAGAAAGAGGCGGCGCACGAGAAUAGCCAAGAACAAGGAAGAAGUGGAGACUCAGAGGAUCACCCACAUUGCUGUUGAACGCAAUCGGAGAAAGCUUAUGAAUGACUACCUGAUCCAACUGCGCUCUAUGAUGCCGGCUUCCUACGCCCAAAGGGGUGACCAAGCAUCAAUCAUAGGAGGAGCCAUAAAUUUUGUGAAGGAGCUUGAGCAACUUUUGCAAUCUUUAGAAGCCAGUAGAGGAACCAACCAACAAUCAGACAUGGAUUUGGCAUUCAUAUUCUCCAACUUUUUCACCUUCCCUCAGUACUCGACUUGCUCGAAUAAGAACACCCAUGGCCAUGGCCAUAGCGAGUACAUGAACAACAGCUUGGUUCAUCCACACGAGAUACUGGGGGAAAUGCGGUCGGGGGCAGUUGCAGAUGUGGAAGUAACUAUGGUAGAAAGCCAUGCGAACAUUAAAGUACUAUUGAGAAGACACCCAAGACAGCUCUUAAAGAUGGUUCUUGGUUUGCAUUCUCUGCAUCUUAUGAUCCUUCACAUUAAUGUCACAACUAUGGAUAGCAUGAUCCUCUACUCUUUCAUCGUCAAGGUCGAAGAUAAUUCUCAGCAGGCCUCGAUGAAUGAUAUUGCUACUGAUGUGUAUGAAAUGGUGGGAAGGCUUCAGAAAGAGCCCGACUUUUUACCUCAAUAACCCUUGGAUAUUUGUUUUUAAAAUUGUUGAAUUAUGAACCUAUGAUAUAUGCAUGCUUUGUGCUCUUUUUUUUACGUAACUCGUUGUACAAUUUGACAACUCAGUUUCUAUUUCUUAUUUAUACUUAUAAUAUUAUUUAAGAGGACAGACUUUGUU